CCAUGGGGCUGGGGGUGGGCCGGUGGCCAUGACGGGGCUGGCUGGCUGUGGCAGGUGGCUCUGCCCGGGAAGGGGAGGAGGCUGGCAGCGUUCCCAGCCUGGCUGGCAUCCCUCCCCACCAGCAGCGAUGCUCAGUCCCGGCUCAGCCUGGCAGCAACGCGAGCAGAGAGGACACACGAGCCUGCAGAGGACAUGGAUGAGAACAACCGCACUUUGGAGUCUUGGCACCAAAGCCUGCAGGCAGUGCUGAACGCCCUGAACCAGACGCUGCAUGGGACCAUCCCCUGCUCUGGCGAGGCCCUGGCUGGCGCGGCAGGAGCCACACGUGGUGGCCACACCGGCCGCAACGCCAACGCCUACAUGUACAUCCUGUUCGUCAUGACGCUCUUCGCCGCCACCGUGGGCAGCCUCAUCCUGGGCUACACCCGCUCCCGCAAGGUGGACAAGCGCAGUGACCCCUACCACGUCUACAUCAAGAACAGGGUCUCCAUGAUCUGAGCCUGGCCCAUACCUUGUCCCCAGGGUGGCUUGGGGUCACCUUGCUGUGCACAUCUGGCUCGCUGUGGGAUGUGGCAGUGCUGCUGGCUCCAGAGCUGCUGGGAACCCCGUAGAGCUGCUGAGAAUCCCCCGAAGCUGCUGAGAACCCCCAGAGCUGCUGGAACCCCCACCAUGGAGGAGCUCAGUCCUGGUGUGAGCAGUGCCGGGAUGUCCUGGAAGAAUGUGACCUGUAAGCAGGUCCUGGUCCUGCAGACCCACCUCAGCUCCACCAUGGGCGUGGGGCUGGCAGGGGCAGCUCCUUUCCCACUGUGGCCUGCGGGGGCUGGCAGGAGGCGUCAAGGAGAAUAUUUCCCUAUUUCCCUACUCAGAUCAGCUGGUGUUGACCUCCCUGGGCUCCUAGCAGCUGUGACAGUGGUUUUAGGGAGUUUUUCUGGUGCUGAAACCCUGUAAUGUUUGAGCUGGGCUGUGUCCUGCUUUUCUGGCAGGGAAUUAAAGGAGGUGGUGGGUUCAGGGAA